ACUAACACGUACUCUCUAAAUAUCGUCUCCUUAGCUUCUGGGGAAACAAUAAAGAUUAAACCCUCUGUUAAACUAAAACCACCAUUUUCAGUUUUUCACUUCCUCAUGGCUUCUGCAACCUCUUUCUUCUUCCUUUUCUGUCUUAUUGUUUCCUGCAACUUUCUCGGAACCUUUGCCUUGUUGUCUGGUUCCUUUCCUCUUACCUCAACCUCGUUGUCUCGUGGCGGUUCCGCUAGGAAUAUUUACCUUUCUUCUCGGCGGCUCGGUGACGCGCCGGCGUUGAACUACAAGUCGAGUUUCAAGUAUUCGAUGGCGCUGGUGGUGACGCUGCCGAUAGGGACGCCGGCGCAGGAUCAACAGAUGGUUUUGGACACCGGGAGCCAGCUUUCUUGGAUUCAGUGCCACAAGAAAGCUCCGCCGGCGAAGGCGCCGCCUCCGACGACGUCGUUUGACCCGUCGUUGUCGUCUUCGUUCUCGGUUCUCCCCUGCAACCACCCCGUGUGUAAACCGAGAAUUCCCGAUUUUACCCUCCCGACUUCGUGCGACCAGAAGCAGCUCUGCCACUAUUCCUACUUCUACGCCGAUGGAACCUACGCGGAGGGCAAUCUCGUCAGGGAAAAAGUUUCGUUUUCCGAGUCCCAGACUACCCCUCCUAUGGUCCUCGGAUGCACGACGGAGUCCGGCCAGGCUGAGGGUAUUUUGGGAAUGAACCGUGGGCGGUUAUCGUUCGCCUCCCAAGCUAAGGUACAGAGAUUCUCUUACUGCGUGCCGGUCCGACAAGGCGACCAUGCAAUAAAGCCCACCGGAACAUUCUACCUCGGCCGGAACCCAAACUCCGGCACAUUUCAGUACAUAAACCUGCUGACAUUCUCCCAGAGCCAACGCAUGCCCAACCUUGAUCCACUGGCGUACACCGUCGCGUUGUUGGGGAUUAAAAUCGGCGGCAAAAAGCUCAACAUCCCGCCCAGCGUCUUCCGCCCCGACGCCGGCGGCUCCGGCCAGACCAUGAUAGAUUCCGGCACAGAGUACACGUUUCUAGUGGAAGCAGCCUACAACACGAUCAGAGAAGAAGUGGUGCGCCUCGCCGGCGCAAAGCUGAAAAAGGGGUACGUCUACGGCGGAAGCCUGGACAUGUGCUUCGACGGCAACAACCCGGCGGAAAUCGGAAACCUAAUCGGCGACAUGGCCUUCGAAUUCGACAACGGGGCGGAGAUUCUGAUCGGGAAGGACAGGAUUCUAGACGGCGUGGGCCGUGGGAUCCACUGUCUUGGCAUCGGACGGUCAGAAUCACUUGGGGUGGCAAGUAACAUCAUUGGAAACUUCCAUCAACAAAAUCUUUGGGUGGAAUUUGACUUGGUUAGUCAACGUGUGGGGUUCGGAAAAGCAGACUGUAGCAAAGCUUAGUCACUAGCAAUAGUAUACUAAACUUCGUUACAGAAAAGCUUACCGUCAUUAUCAGAAAGUACGUUAUAAGUAAAAAGCGAUGAUAAAAAUAUUGACGUGUGUGAAUUAAAAAUGUGAUCUCUUAUAGAGUCGUUGGGGACGUUGUGAGAAUAGGUAUAUAUAGUUUAAAGUAUUUAGCUUGUAGUAUUGUAUAUAUAUUUGGAUACACUAACAAUAUUGGAUCAUGAUGUUAUUAGGGU